GUCGCCUCGCCGCAGUCCUGCGCUCCUCCUCGGGACAGAAGACACGCAGCAGCGCCAGGAGCCGCGCGCCUCUCCGGAGGAACCACUUUCUUUUUCUUCACCCGCCCCCCACCCCCACCGCUCCUCACCCGGUGGAUCUGUUCGGAUAUUUAAGACUACUGGAGAUAUAAUCGAGACGUAUUUCCCCCCCUACCUUGAGUACAACGCGUAAGCAGCUUGGAUACGAGACCGGCGGGGCUCUCCUGUAACCAUGGGGGACGUGGUUUCCUCUCACCUGGAUGAGGGCCGGCGGGAGGUGAUAACAGCUCGGACCCGAGGCGUGAUGAAGGAGUUCGGCGUUGUGUACGAGCAGCAGUACGCCGUCGCCCUCUUCAACAGCGUCCGCUUCGAGAUCGAAGGCGGAGGCGGACCGCAGUCGCAGCUGCUCCACAGGAAGGACCCUCUGGCGGGCCGGUCCAUCUUCUCGGGGAGUCUGUUUCAGUAUCUGGAGGAGAAUCGCAAGUGGCGGAAUCGCUUUGUGUCCGUGCCCGACAGCUACACCAUCAGCCUCUACGAGGGCAAGACAGCCCACGACCGAGGCCUUCACGCCAAGGGAACCAUCAACUGCGCCGGGUACAAGGCCCUGACCUCGAUGGAGGACUACAUGGAGCUGAUCAACAGCAGCCUGCCGGACGUCAAGGCCAAAGCGGGCAGCAACCCGUUCAUCAAGUGCGCGACCCAGUUCCCGCUCAUCCUGUGGCACCCCUACGCCCGCCACCAUUACUUCUGCGUGACGACGGAGAAGGAGCAGAGCAAGUGGCACGCCGUGCUGCAGGACUGCGUCCGACACAGCAACAACGGUCUGUCGGAGGACUGCACCGUUCAGACGCCGGCCUUCACCGACUCGGUGAGACUCCACAGACAAGCCAAGGGCCACUACGGGACCUGGGACAUGAUGUGCGGAGCGCCCCCUCAGAUUCUUGCUAACCUGGUGAUGGAGAGCCUCCACCCGGAGCUGAGGAGCGUUAUCGCCCCUCUCCUGAGGGGGAAGCUGCAGCAGAGGCAGAAGCAUUGGAUGUUGAUCUCCGAUGCGCUGUACAGGCAGGUGUUGUCCCAGACCACCAGCCAGUACGGAGCGCUGGCCGAAGCCUGCGAGGCCCAGCGGGCGCCGCUGGACAGCGUGCUGCGGACCGACAUGGACCAGAUCGUCUCGUCCAAAGAGCACGUGAGCAGCAAGAUGAGAGCUCUGGUGCUGCCCAAGGCGGAGCAGCUCCUGCGGGGCAACGUGCAGCCCUACAUCGGCUCCAUCCUGGAGGCCCUGAUGGAGCCCAGCAGCCGCGGCUUCGCCGAGGUGCGGGAGGUGUUCUUCAGGGAGCUGGUGGAGGUCAGCAGGAGCUCGCUCAACGGCGGAGGCAGAGACGCGCUGGGAGACCACAUGGAGAAGCUGUCCAUGCUCGCCUUCCACCCGGUGAAGAUGCAGAGCUGCUACGAGAAGGUGGAGCAGCUGAACCUGGAGGGGCUGCAGCAGCGCUUCGCCGUGGCCAGCCCGUCGGUGUUCGUGAGCCGGGCUCAGACCCUCAUGGGCCAGCAAAUGGACAACGCAGUGUACACCUUCGAGCAGCUGCUCAACCAGUCGCUGGAGACGCAGAAAGACGACGACAUAUGCAAGACCAUGCAGCGCUGCCAGGACCGCGUCCUCAAGAAAUAUGACUAUGACAGCAGCACGGUGCGCAAGAAGUUCUUCCGAGAGUCUCUGCUGCAGAUCAUCAUCCCGUACAUGCUGCAGCAGCUGUCGCCGUCCUGCUCGCCUGAGCUGCCUCGCUUCAAAGAGCUGAUCUUCGAGGACUUUUCCCGUUUCCUGCUGGUGGAGAACCUGUUCGAGGAGGUGGUGCUGCAGUGCGUCUCCAAGGACAUCAUGAUGGCUGUGAAGGAGGCGGCGGUCCAGAGGAGACACAACCUGUACAGGGACAGCAUCAUUCUGACCAGCAGCGACGCCAACCUGCACCUGCUGGAGGAAUCCCCUCAGGUGGACUGGGCCAACAAAUUCGGCGCCGACGACCCGGAGGGCGACGGCGGCGGUUCCGAGGGCGGGCUCUCCUCGUCCAGACGCAGGCAGGUGGUGUCCAUGAUCUCGCUGGACGGCAUCCCGCUCUCCUUCGAGUCCUGCCUGGAGGUGCCGGGCGUGGAGAUCAUCCCGGAGGAGGCCGGCGAGGCGUCCGAGGGCGCGGAGGCGGCGGCGGACCCCGGGUCGCCCGACUGCGUGACCGGAAUCAGAGACCUGAUCAAUCCCACGGUGAACCUGACGCCGCUUCCCGCCUCGGAGGAGAGCGACGGGACCGAUGGUGGGACGGAGGCCUCGGAGGACGGCGAGCGGGCGGUGGAGGACGUCCACCGGGAGACGGAGGAAGCCGACGAGGAGGAGGAGGAGCAUCGGGAGGAGGCAGCGGCCGUCAAGAACGCCAUCGAGGAGCAUCGGGAGGAGGAAGCGGCCGUCAAGAACGCCAUCGAGGAGCAUCGGGAGGAGGAAGCGGCCGUCAAGAACGCCAUCGAGGAGAUAGAGAUGGCGGCGCAGGAAGACGACGGCGAACGGAUGGGCGAGGCGGCGGAGUCGGAAUGCGAGCGGUCGGCGGCGGCGGCCUCGGACUCCAGCUCGCGCAGCGACAGCGGCUUCCAGUCGCCGGCCAGCGUGGGGCCGGAGGAAGGGGAGGAGCCUCGGCCAAUCACAAACGGUCUGGACGCAGAGGACAAAGCAAUCGACCCCCCGGCGGGCGUGGAAGCGGUCGUGGCGUAGGGGGGGGGGGGGGGGGGGCACGCCGCCGGACAGAACUCUAAUAAAUAAAUAAAAAAGUGUGCGUCACAUGUGAAGCGAGAGAAUACGAAUACGGACUUUAUUUAAAAAAGGUUUAAUUCAAAAAGAGUUUUGCACACCUCCCUUUGACUUUAUUUUUCUUUUUUUUCUUUAACUUCGGUUCCUUUCGACGCGUCGUCACAAGCGUCUUCAUAUUUUAUGUUUUCAUAUCGGCCUUAUGCUCACAGGUGGACGAGGACCGGGGGAUUAUUAAAGGAACGACUACAUCUAAGUUAUUCAUGUUUUAAUAACGGUUUGUUUACGUCCAUGUAUCUGUAAAUCAGGCCCAUAUUGAUAUUAUUCAUAGUCACCGCCUCUCUCUGGGCAGCAGGGGGCGCUACAGUCACUCUACAUGUUGGAUGGGGUUUUCUCUGACUGCUAUUUUAUUUUUUUAAAUACCAGUACAUCUAUUUUUGUUAUUUUCCCGCGUUGCCUGUUCGUUUCAAUCUUUUUCCUGUAUUCGCAAAUGGCCUUCAUGUUUCAACGCCGCAUAUUUGAAACAAUCAGGAAUCAUUUGUUUCCUGUGAUUUGACGAGUUGGGAAGUUUUUUUUAUCUUUUCUUUUCUUUUAACCAAAAUUCAAUCGCUUCUCGGGCGACGACGAGAAAGAUACAGCAAAUAAUUGUGAAUAUCUUUAUGAAUAUGAGGGAGAUUCGUCACGGCAACUUGAUUCAUAACUUUACAAAUCAAACAAUUUUCUACUUUGAACUCCAUCUUUUUCUAAGUGAAUUCAAAUUUUGUAUACAUCUGGGUAAUUCUUUUGUCCGAAAACAUGAAUGUCGGUUUGGAUACGUGGCUUUCCCGAGAGUUUUAUAUCCUUAUAUAACUUCAUUAAAAAACUAAAACGGGAUUAAUAAAAGCAGAAAACCUCUUCCAGGACAAUAGACACGACAUUCUGAAAUAAGUGGCGUGAACACGCGAGGGUACCAGGAGUGGAGUUGAUGUAUGUAAAUAAAUAAAUAAAUAAAGUACAAACACAAACAA